AUGUAACUACUGCCAAACAAAUAAGCAGUUUCUGAACAUUACAAUGAACAAUCAUACAUGUUAUGCCUGCUUUGCUAUUCCAGCUACGUUGCUGCUCGUUUUGAUGGUUCUUUUUCAAGGAACUGUUGCCCAAACACAAGCUCAGACACUUCUCAGGUGGAAACAAAGUCUCCCUCACCAAUCCAUUUUGGACUCAUGGAUCAUCAACUCCACUGCAACAACUCUAAGUCCAUGUUCAUGGCGAGGUAUUACCUGUGAUUCUAAAGGCACAGUGACAAUUAUAAACUUGGCUUACACUGGACUUGCAGGUACCCUUCUAAACUUGAACCUGUCUGUUUUCCCUAACCUUCUCCGUCUUGAUCUCAAAGAAAACAAUCUCACUGGCCACAUACCACAAAACAUUGGGGUGCUCUCAAAGCUCCAAUUCCUUGAUCUUUCCACCAACUUUCUCAAUGGCACUCUGCCUCUUUCCAUUGCCAAUCUGACUCAAGUUUUUGAGCUUGAUCUUUCAAGAAAUAAUAUAACAGGGACAUUAGAUCCUCGGUUAUUUCCUGAUGGAUCUGAUAGGCCCCAAAGUGGCCUCAUUGGUAUCAGAAAUCUCCUCUUCCAGGACACCCUGCUAGGUGGUAGAAUUCCAAAUGAAAUAGGGAACAUAAGAAACUUGACUCUGCUAGCUCUAGAUGGAAACAACUUCUUUGGGCCUAUUCCUUCAUCUCUAGGCAACUGCACACAUUUAAGCAUUCUUAGAAUGUCUGAAAACCAACUCUCAGGCCCAAUACCCCCAAGUAUUGCUAAAUUAACCAAUCUAACCGAUGUGCGGCUUUUCAAAAACUACUUAAAUGGUACGGUGCCACAAGAAUUUGGAAACUUUUCUUCCUUGAUUGUGCUGCAUCUUGCAGAGAACAACUUUGUUGGUGAAUUGCCACCACAAGUGUGCAAAAGUGGCAAACUUGUAAAUUUUAGUGCAGCCUACAAUAGUUUCACUGGCCCAAUUCCAAUAAGCCUUAGAAACUGCCCAGCCUUGUACAGAGUUCGACUUGAAUACAACCAGUUGACAGGUUAUGCAGAUCAAGAUUUUGGAGUGUAUCCAAACCUCACUUACAUGGACUUGAGCUAUAACAGGGUGGAAGGUGACCUCUCUACAAAUUGGGGUGCCUGCAAAAACUUGCAAGUUCUCAACAUGGCAGGGAAUGAAAUAAGUGGUUACAUUCCAGGUGAGAUUUUUCAGUUGGACCAACUGCAUAAGCUUGACCUAUCGUCCAACCAAAUAUCAGGAGACAUUCCUUCACAGAUAGGAAAUUCCUUCAACUUGUAUGAAUUAAAUUUAAGCGACAACAAACUCUCUGGAAUUAUACCAGCAGAAAUUGGAAACCUUUCCAAUUUGCACUCCUUAGACUUGUCCACGAACAAGCUGUUAGGACCAAUUCCAAAUCAGAUAGGGGACAUCUCGGACUUGCAGAAUUUAAAUCUGAGCAACAAUGACUUGAAUGGCACAAUUCCCUACCAAAUUGGAAACCUUCGUGAUUUACAAUACUUUUUGGACUUGAGUUACAAUUCACUUUCAGGAGAAAUACCUACUGAUCUUGGAAAGCUUUCAAAUUUGAUAAGCUUGAAUAUGUCUCACAACAAUCUGUCAGGUUCUAUCCCUCACUCCCUUAGUGAAAUGUUUAGUUUGUCAACUAUCAACCUCUCCUACAAUAAUUUGGAGGGUAUGGUUCCUAAAAGUGGCAUAUUCAACUCUUCUUAUCCCUUGGAUUUGAGCAACAACAAAGAUCUAUGUGGGCAAAUUCGGGGCUUGAAACCUUGUAAUCUCACUAAUCCUAAUGGUGGAUCCAGUGAACGAAACAAGGUUGUGAUCCCUAUUGUUGCUUCCUUGGGAGGUGCUCUUUUUAUUUCUUUGGGGUUACUUGGGAUUGUUUUCUUUUGCUUCAAGAGAAAAUCAAGAGCUCCAAGGCAAAUAAGUUCAUUCAAAAGUCCGAAUCCAUUUUCAAUUUGGUACUUCAAUGGGAAAGUUGUGUAUAGAGACAUAAUUGAAGCUACCAAGAACUUUGACAACAAGUAUUGCAUUGGGGAAGGAGCACUGGGAAUAGUUUAUAAAGCGGAGAUGUCAGGAGGUCAAGUAUUUGCUGUAAAAAAGUUGAAGUGUGAUUCAAACAACUUAAACAUUGAGAGUAUAAAAUCCUUUGAGAAUGAGAUAGAAGCCAUGACAAAAACACGCCAUCGAAACAUUAUCAAGCUUUACGGAUUUUGCUGUGAAGGGAUGCACACAUUUUUAAUUUAUGAGUAUAUGAAUAGAGGGAAUUUAGCUGACAUGCUGAGAGACGACAAGGAUGCAUUAGAGCUGGAUUGGCACAAGAGAAUUGAUAUUAUCAAAGGUGUAACGAGCGCUUUGUCCUAUAUGCAUCAUGAUUGUGCUCCACCUUUAAUUCACAGAGACGUAUCAAGCAAGAACAUUUUGCUGUCCUCCAAUCUUCAAGCCCAUGUCUCGGAUUUUGGAACUGCAAGAUUUCUAAAGCCUGAUUCGGCUAUUUGGACAUCAUUUGCCGGCACAUAUGGCUAUGCUGCUCCAGAACUUGCUUACACAAUGGAAGUGACUGAGAAAUGUGACGUGUUCAGCUUUGGCGUUUUGGCCUUAGAGGUUCUUACGGGAAAGCACCCUGGUGACCUUGUUUCAUCCAUUCAAACUUGUACUGAACAAAAAGUAAACUUGAAGGAGAUUUUAGACCCUCGCCUCUCGCCUCCUGCCAAGAACCAUAUUUUGAAGGAAGUGGAUUUGAUUGCCAACGUAGCUCUUUCAUGUUUAAAGACAAACCCUCAAUCUCGACCAACUAUGCGAAGCAUAGCUCAACUGCUUGAAAUGGAGAUUGCAGACAUCAUAUAAGUUUUUCUUUUCUGUGUUCGCAAUAAACAAUUUCUCUAUGUAAACACGUACUUGUCUUCUAUCGUAUAAUAUCCUUUACCAUAUAUAGUGACUGUUUUCCUUGCAUAACAAGCAUUGUAAUAAAUAUUUUCUUCUUGAAUAAUUCUGGCUUUGUUUGUAGAUGACAAAGCGGACAUGAAAUAUAGUCAUGUAAGGCGAUACUUUCAGUAAAUUUUAUAUUGUUUCUAGUGUUGAUUUAUUUUAUUAGA